AUGAGCAAGAUCAAGCUCUUUCCAUCUCCGACCUACGAGGUCAAGAAGUCCGGCAAGAGCACGGCCCUCGUAAGCAUGAUUCUGGAGCAGUAUCGCGGCUGCUUCGAAAGAGUCAUCAUUUUCAGUCCGAGCAUCAACGUCGAUGACAGCUGGAGGCCCGUUAAGAAGUACAUCGAGGAGGUCAUGAAGGUCCCGACGGACCGCGAGCAGGUCUACUUGGAGGACUGGGAUGAAUCCGCUUUGCGCAGGAUCAUCAAUCAGCAGCGCAAGAUCACCGAGACGAGCAAGCAGCUGUUAAAUGAAGCAGCUCUACCAGAUUUUGACUCGCCGGCUCUCCACAAGAAGACCGGAGACGCGGCCUCGGACACUCUGUUCAUCCGCGGGAGGCACUUCCAGAUCUCGACCAUCGUCUCCACUCAGAAGCUCCGUCUGAUCAGCAACGCGGUCCGAGUCAACUCCCAGUUCUUCAUGGUGCGGCGCCUGCGCAAUCAGUUAGAAAAGGACAGCCUGCUGGAGGAGCUGACAGCUCUCGUGCCGAAGGCGGACCUAGAGGCGAUGUACGAGGCGGCGGGCUCCGCCCGGCUGGGAGUCUUCAAGAUUAGGGUGGAAGACACCUUUCUUAGCAUCGACCGCGGCACCUACCUUCUGGCGGGACUUGCUCUGGGUACUCUAAACUGGGCCCAGCUGCCCACGGGGACGUACAUCGGCGUGCGCCUGGCCGCCUGCGCCACCUACGUGGAGUCGCGCAACGAGCUGGAG